AGCUUGCACUUAGGUAGCACACUGCCAAACGCCGACUUUGCGAGCCCCUUACUAGAUCGCACAUUUCCGGUGACGGAAUGUCCGCGAAAAUCUAACAGCUUUCUGUCCUAGCUCUUUGCCAAGUACGGAGUACAUACGGCACGUAGCGACAAUUAUGGAGCACAUUCACACGAGGACUGCACACAUGACCCCCUGAAUUCUGAACUCUAUAUUGCGGUCUAGUCGAGCAACUUGAUCUGGUAACAUUAUAAGUUGCGCUGCCGGGAUUUCCGGCAACCCCACCAUGGACUCUCCGGAACUGAAUCCGGGGUAGAAAUACACGUAUCAAUGUGUGGGCAGAAGCCUCAGUGUUUCACCCACUGGCAAUGUCAAUGAAGGAGUAUCGCCGACUGAGUUUAUAGUAUACGCACUAUGAGAACCCCUUCUUGGGUGGCAGCAGCUUUACAGCUCGCCGCAUGGCAGGUCGCAGCCGAGACCAACUCGACUUACACAAAUCCUAUGCUGCCGGGCUGGAAUUCAGAUCCUUCCUGCGUUUUCGUCACCGAAGGCGCGUAUAAUGACACUUGGUUCUGCACGACAUCCAGCUUCCUCACAUUUCCCAACAUCCCGAUUUAUGCCAGCAAGGAUCUUCAGACCUGGCGGUUGGUGAGCCAUGCCUACAAUCGUGUGGACCAAUUUCCGGACAUCGCGACUACUUACCCCCUGCAAUUCGACGGAACAUGGGCAUCGACAUUGCGUUAUCACAAAGGUGCUUUUUAUAUCAUCACGGCAUUUGUCACGAUUGCGCAAUUCAACCCUCACCUAUUGUUGUUUCGUACCACGGAUCCGUACACUGAUGAAUCAUGGUCUGACCCGUGGGAAGUACCCAAUCCUACGUAUGGUGCCGAUCCAGACAUCUUCUUCGACGAUGCCAGUGAUUUGGCAUAUGUAACAGUAGCAAACGGCACUGGGCCUUGGUCAAUUACCCAGUACCAGAUUGACCUUCCCACUCAAGAGGUGUUGGGCGAACCAGCUGUUCUCUGGAACGGAAACGGGGAGUCUUCGCCCGAAGGUCCCCACAUAUACCUCAAGGACGGGUACCAUUGGCUCCUCGUCGCCAAUGGGGGCACUCAACUCAAUCAUAGCAUUGCCAUGCUACGCAGUGAAACCAUCGAUGGACAAUAUGAAUUCUAUGAGGGCAACCCUGUACUCACCAAUCGAGGCACAGACGAAUACUACCAGACUGUGGGCCAUGGCGACUUGUUCCAGGACAGGAAUGGAAAGUGGUGGGGCGUGGCACUAGCGACACGAUCUGGCCCAGAAUGGGCAGUCUAUCCAAUGGGCCGGGAGUCGGUGCUAUAUCCAGUGACUUGGGACGAAAACGAAUGGCCGACCUUCCAGCCGGUCCGUGGUGUCAUGUCUGGCUGGGAACUUCCCACGGCUGAACUAAGCCCACCUGGUGAAGGCCCUAUCGUGAACGCUUCGCAAACCCUGAGAUUCGGGCCUGGCAUGCAGAUUCCUAAGAACUUCGUUACCUGGCGAGCACAAAACGAGACGUUUGACAAUUUCGCCAUCUCAGCUGUAGGUCAUGAGAACACUCUACGACUGCUACCUUCGCGAGCCAACCUGACGGCCGACGCGAGCUUUAUCCCGGGCCAAGAAGGACAGUCGUUCAUCGCUCGAAAGGGACAGUCGCACACUUUGUUCGAGUUCUCAGUAGACUUGGUCGAGUUCAAUCCAUCUGCUCAUGGCGAGGAAGCGGGUAUUACUGCUUUCCUGUCACAGGGACAGCAUUUUGACUUGAGCGUUAUCGCCGUGACGUCGAAUAGUACCUCGAGUUGUUCUGGAAAGGCGAAAAUCGUGAAGUACUUACAGUUCCGAGCAGAAGCGUACUGGGUCUCGACUUCCUUCGAUACAACAGUACCCGAAACCUUCAGACUUCUGCUUCCGGAGUCAUGGGACCGAGUCCGGUUGACAAUCACCACCGUGAACGAUACGUACUAUGAGUUCACAGCCUCUUCAUCUACCAGUCCUGUAGAUUCUGUCAAACUCGGCACAGGGCCAGCUGCGAUGUUGAGCGGAGGAGGCGGAAUGUACACAGGCACACUGCUCGGCGUCUUCGCAACUACUAAUGGUGGCGCAUCAAGUGGCGCACCAGCCUAUUUCAGCAACUGGAGCUAUACGCCAAUUGCACAAGAAGUGGACAAGGGCCUAAUCAAAAUUCCAGGGGCUUGAGCAUUGUUAGUACUAUUGCCACAUAUGUCGAUCUCCAGUGUCCACUGUUCAGUAUUCAUUCUCAAUCUAACAUUUCCACAUACUUUGGCUGCAGUCAUGUCUGGACGACUUGCUUAUACAUAAUUCUUAAUUCGUCAAUAUCUUCUUGGGAAAUGUUGCGAGGUCAUAUCUGAUAUUCCAGACACC